AUGGAUUCAGAAAACAGAGAAAGUCUGUCCAAAAAUGGCAUCACCCACAUCCUGUCUGUGUACAAUAACGCAAAGCCGAUGUUUGAGGACAAGACGUAUCUUUGCAUUCAUGCUGCCGAUGCUUCCAGUCAAAACCUAUUACAACAUUUUAAACAGUGCAUCACCUUUAUCCAUGAGUGUCGUCUGGACGGUGGAGCUUGUUUGGUUCACUGCCUUGCAGGUGUGUCCCGCAGCACCACCAUGGUGGUGGCCUACCUGAUGACUGUCACUCAGUACAGCUGGGAGGACUGUCUGACUGCAGUCAAGGCUGUCCGCUCAUUUGUCGGCCCAAACUGCGGCUUCCAGCAGCAGCUGCAGGAGUACCAGAAUACACAAGUCUCGGAGUACCGAGCCUGGUUACAGUCCAGCUUCCAUCCCAGUCCAUUCUGUGACCACGAGCAGGUGGCAGCUCUGUUGACUCUGUUCACGGAGCAGCAGGAGAACCAGAGCCGAGCAGCAUACCGCAGCUGGGGAGUCCGGGGCUCAGACACCCAACGUCCUGAAGGCAGCAGCUGAAACGUGACUCUUCAGCCGAACUCGAGCCUGCUGCUGCGUGGAACUACCGCUCCGUCAUAGCUGGAUCCAGCAUUAGGGCUUUUGGACUUCACACUAUAAAAACAUAUUUAAUUAAAUGCACACUUCCAGAUUGAGCUCUUUUGAAACUUAAUUGCUUCUGUCACAACUUUUUAAGCAGCCAAAUCUCAUUUUAAAACUUGGUACAUUUAUCUAUUAUCAGUCUGAACAGGCAUUCAGGAGCACUGGUGCACACUGACACCUUAUUAUAAACACUCAGCACUUUA